AUGGCCCAGGUCGCAGCAGUGAGCUUCGGCGCCACGAUCAAAGAUGGCUACAAACCGGUGGACAACUGGGUUGCCAACGGAAUUUCAUGGCUUGCCGAGAUUAAGGAAUUCUACGAGGAGCGAGCAGCCAUCGAGAAGGAGUACAGCACGAAGCUGACAGCGCUGGCGAAGAAGUACUAUGACAAGAAGAACAAGCGGUCCAGCAACUUGACCGUUGGAGACAACCCGGCCAUGACGCCUGGCUCUCUCGAAUCCGCAUCUCUGACGACGUGGACGACACAGCUGUCGACGCUUGAGGCGCGAGCGAACGAGCACCAAAGGUUCGGAGGAGAUUUGAUUAGCCAGGUAGCGAAUCCGUUAGCAUACACGCAGCAAAGGCUGGAGGAUCUACGGAAGAGCCACUCCGACUAUCAGACGAAAUUGAUCAAAGAACGCGACUCGAGUUAUGCGGAAUUGAAGAGGCACAAGACCAAGUACGACAGUGCUUGUCAGGAAGUGGAAAGCAAAAGGAAGAAGACUGAGUCUUCCUUCGACUCGUCUAAGGGCAAGGCCCAGAAUGCGUACAAUCAGCAAUUGAUGGAGAUGAACAACGUGAAGAACACCUACUUGAUCGGCAUCAAUGUCACCAACAAGCUGAAGGAAUGCUACUACCACCAGUAUAUUCCAGUGCUGUUGGACUCGCUACAGGACUUGAACGAAACAAGGGUGACCAAGCUCAACAACAUCUGGUCCGUCGCUGCUGCUUUAGAGAUGGCGACCAUGAAGCGAAGUGCAGAUCAUGUUACUCACCUCGCCAACGAGAUUCCACGAAACGACCCAAGUCUCGACUCUGGCAUGUUCUGCCAUCACAAUACCGUCCAGUGGCAGGAUCCGCCAGACUUUGUCUUCGAACCUUCGCCCGUGUGGCUCGACUCGGAUGCAAUGGCAGUGGACGACACGUCCAAGGUAUUUCUUCGCAAUAUCUUGUCCAAAUCAAAACCACUGGUUUCAACAUUAAAGUCCGACUGUACCGCUAAGCAGCGGGAGCUAGACAAUGUGAAGAAGGCCCGAGAGAACAUCCGUGCCGGCAAAGACAAGCGAGAUGAGUCGGACUGUCUGAGAUCCCAUCGAAACAAGCACCAUCACGUCAGUAGUAGCGAUCUCAGCAUGUAUGGUAAAAGCCACCCAUUCAAGUCAGAGACGUUUAAACUCCCCACAAAUUGCGACUUCUGUGGCGAUCGAAUAUGGGGCUUGUCCGCCAAAGGCUUCAUCUGCACAGAAUGUGGUUUCACCUGCCACAGCAAAUGCCAGAUGAAAGUGCCUGCAGACUGUCCUGGAGAGCAGACGAAAGAAGAGCGUAAGAAGCUCAAAGCCGAGCGACAGGCCGCCGCGAGCGCAGCAGUCGAGGCGCCACAACAACCAGCUACGACCAACGGGAGCAUGCCUACCCUAACAAGGCAGGACACCAUGAACAGUCUCGCCUCUGGCUAUGCUGCUUCCGCAACGAGAUCGGUGUCCGGAGCUGUGCCCCGAUCUUCGACGUUGUCGACGAGCCAGACAGUCACCACACCCACGCAAGAGAUCCAAUCACCGUUAUCCGCCACAGCAGCAGCCCCAGCAGCUGGAGGCACAAGACGCAACAGAGUCGUCGCGCCGCCACCAGCAGCCUACAUGAGUGCGCCACCACCAGACGACGCGCCGUCGACCGGGUCAAGGCGAGGCCGCAUGCUCUACGCCUAUGAAAAGCGCGACGAUGGCGAAGUCAGCAUCGAGGAAGGCAAGGAGGUGAUGAUCCUCGAAGGUGACGACGGCGGCUGGACCCGCAUACUUAGCCCGUCUGGAACCGAAGGCGUCGUCCCAACCGCCUACCUCGAAGAGCUCGCACCCGCCAUCUCCUCGAACAACAACCACUCCCCGCGCCCCGCCUCCUCACGCUCUGAAUCCACCGCCAGCCUCGCCUCCUUCUCCCAACAAAAGAAAAAGGGCCCCGCCGUGGCGCCCAGGCGCGGUGCCAAGAAGGUCAAGUACGUCGAGGCCAUGUACGCAUACAACGCGCAGAGUGAGCUAGAAUUCGACAUGGAGGAAGGCGAGCGCUUCAUUCUCAUCAGCAUGGGAACUGGCGACGGGUGGGCAGAUGUCGAGCGCGUCGGGGACGGAGGCGGCAGGGGAAGCGUGCCUGCUGCUUAUAUACAGGAGGUUUCGUAG